CGCGCCCGGGAAGCCGCGCCCUCGCCGGGCCGGGGUGGGCGCUCCCCGCGGCAUCCGGCGGCGGGCGGAAGCGGCGGCGGGGCGGGGAGCCAUGGGGCGGUGAGAGACGGAGCGCCGGGAUCGCCGAGUCGCCGACAUGGAGACGGUGCAGCUGCGGAACCCGCGCCGGCAGCUGAAGAAGUUAGAUGAAGACAGUUUAACCAAACAACCUGAAGAAGUGUUUGAUGUACUGGAGAAGCUUGGAGAAGGCUCCUAUGGCAGUGUGUUCAAAGCCAUUCAUAAAGAAACGGGUCAAGUUGUUGCAAUUAAACAAGUUCCUGUGGAAUCUGACCUGCAGGAGAUUAUAAAGGAAAUAUCCAUAAUGCAGCAAUGUGACAGUCCUCAUGUGGUGAAAUAUUAUGGCAGCUAUUUUAAGAACACAGACCUGUGGAUAGUGAUGGAAUACUGCGGCGCUGGAUCCGUGUCUGACAUUAUUCGGUUACGAAACAAAACUCUCACAGAGGAGGAAAUUGCUACAAUAGUGCAGUCAACCCUGAAAGGACUGGAGUACCUGCAUUUUAUGAGGAAAAUACACAGGGACAUCAAAGCUGGAAAUAUAUUGCUAAAUACAGAGGGACAUGCUAAACUUGCAGACUUUGGAGUGGCAGGACAACUUACAGACACCAUGGCAAAGCGGAACACAGUCAUAGGGACCCCGUUUUGGAUGGCUCCAGAAGUGAUUCAGGAAAUUGGGUAUAAUUGUGUUGCAGACAUCUGGUCUCUGGGAAUCACUGCAAUAGAAAUGGCUGAAGGCAAGCCACCAUAUGCAGACAUUCAUCCCAUGAGGGCAAUUUUCAUGAUUCCCACCAACCCACCCCCAACGUUCCGGAAACCAGAGCUCUGGUCAGACAAUUUUACUGACUUUGUGAAACAGUGUCUUGUGAAGAGCCCGGAGCAACGUGCCACUGCAACACAACUUCUGCAGCAUCCAUUUGUUAAAAGUGCCAAAGGAGUCUCAAUCCUGCGAGACCUGAUUAACGAAGCGAUGGACAUCAAGCUGAAACGUCAGGAGGCUCAGCAGCGUGAACUGGAUCAAGAGGAUGAAGAAAAUUCAAACCUCCCUUGUAGAAACUUUCUUCUACACAAGAGCAACCGACAGAAGCCUGAGGAGGAAGAUGAAACCGAUUCAGGCACCAUGGUGAGGGCAAGUGGAGAUGAAACUGGAACCAUAAGAGCUGUGAACACCAUGAGUGACAGAGCCAACACCAUGAUAGAACACGAUGGCACCUUGGAGUCCCAGCUGGGUACAAUGGUCAUAAACACGGAAGAGGAAGAGGAGGAGGGCACCAUGAAAAGGAGGGAUGAAACCAUGCAGCCAGCCAAACCAUCAUUCCUUGAAUAUUUUGAGCAGAAGGAGAAGGAGAAUCAAAUCAAUAGCUUCGGGAAGAAUGUGUCUGGCCAGACAAAAAAUUCAUCUGAUUGGAAAGUACCACAGGAUGGAGACUACGAAUUUCUGAAGACGUGGAGCGUGGAUGAGCUCCAGAGGAGGCUCUCGGCCCUGGACCCCAUGAUGGAGCAGGAGAUUGAGGAGAUCCGGCAGAAGUACCAGUCCAAGCGGCAGCCGAUCCUCGACGCCAUCGAAGCCAAGAAGCGGCGGCAGCAGAACUUCUGAGCCACGGGUAGAAUGUUCUUCCAGCCCCAUACAAUCAACUCCUUGCUUUUAUGACUACUGAACAGAUUGUUUUCUAUCGAAAUACGCUAGCGAAAUAGAGGGCAAUACUUCUGCUCGUUUAUUUUUCCAUAGCACCUUUGUGAACUCAGGAAUGCCGUGACCUGGAGGAUCCUGGUGGUUGUGUUUUCAUGUUAGGCAGGUAUUUAACACAUUAUUGCAAAGGAGUUCUGUUACUGUUUUUAGGAGGAUUGUUUUUAAACCAGAGGAACAGAUAGGAAUAGGCUAAUGAAAGUUGGCUCACUCUCUUUUUCAGCUGAACUUUCAGGAGUCCAUUUUGGUUUCAGUGAAUUUGGAUUGUGGUAUUUAACGGCUGCAUCUUUUGUGGGUUUCUUGGUUUUGUUUUUCUUUGUGAAUGCACAGACUCAAUUUCAAGCUGUUAACUGUCUCUACUGUUAAGGUACUGAUAAGUUUUAGGUCACUGAAGAGAGCAGGUGAGAACUUGUACAAACUGUUCCAGCCUUUUGAAAGAAACUUAAAUCUCAGUUUUUGAAAAGCCUGUAAUAAGCCCCAUGCCUUACACUGUGUGCUUUAAGCAAGUGUGGUUUCUUCAAGACCUCAGUUUUGUCUUCUUUUUGUGUCCUUUUUGAAUUUAUAUGAGUACAUAAAGCACGUUGUGCCUCCAUAAGAAAUUACGUUCUGUCAUUUAAAAUCCACACCCAUUUAAACCAAAAGCCAGUCAGUGAUCUGAUUCCCCUUUGUCUGUCUGUCUGGAAAUGUCCUUCAGGGAGACCCUGCUGACAAUGAAGUGCUGAGGAAAGGAAACAGCACUUGAAUGGGUGGAAGGAAUACUCUCAGGAACUGGGUACUUCAGCUGUGUCUGAGAGGACUUAAAAAAAUCUCCACAGCUUGUGAAAUAUUUUAUAGGCUUCAUUUCAAAUUUACAUCCUUAGACACUUGAAUAAAAAUUUGGUUUCACAAUCCUUCACAUUUCUGCAAGGUUUAGCACAUCAGGAGAGUUGAACUGGAAGUAAAAACUGUUGAAUUAACAAAGAUGUGCAUUUAUGGUGGUGGAGCAAAAGUGGAGUUGAUCUGGAUGAGAAGACAACUACUGAUGUCUUGCUGGAAGAGGUUCAGUCUCUUCCAGUUUCUCUGGAUGCUCCUGUGUUGGUAGGUUGUAUUUUUUUUUCAUUUCCCUGCUGUUCCUGCCCAGUAAAGGUCAAUCAGUGGCGAUGCCCCAGCGUGUACAGUCGCUGUGGGGAUGGUGCAAUCAGCUCACACCAGAGAGGAGAGAGGAAAACAGAAGAAGCAAAGAACCUUUUUGCAGGGCAAAGACUGAGCAGUGCCUCUGCCCUGUGGGCUGUAACAGCAGAGCUGUGUAGUUUUAGAUGUUCCCAGCAUAUGAUGAAUUGUUUGGACAGAGCAAGUAUUUCUACCAAUUUAUUUUCAUUUUGCUCUGAUAGAGGGAACAGUUUCCCUGUUGAUCUUCUGAAACAGGCUUUGGUACAUCACCUAGAUAAUAAAACAGCAGUGUCUCCUGGAUCAAGUGCUGCCAGAGAGGUGAAGUGUUCAUUUCGUGCCUCUGUGGGCUCUUGUUUUCCCCUUAGAGCAGGCUCUUGGCUUUGCUAACAGGUCUGCUCCAUAGCUGUGAAAGGAACCAAGCCAUUCUUACCCUCUGCAGCUCUGGUUGCAUCAGUUUGUCUCUGUUUGAUGUGCAUUGGGGUCAUGGCAGUUUUGGAGAUCAGCAAGCUGUCCCUAAGGAAAAGGGAGAGGCAGUAAGCAGUGUAUGUAGGGGGGCUGAAGGAGGAGUACAUCCUGGGAUAACCAGCAAUUUGAUAGCCUCAGGUAUUGGGAAACAUCAGGGCUGCUCGUUGGAAUCUGUGCAAUACUCUUUGCCCUGGUCUUGUCUUUGUUAUGAGCAAUAUCCAUGAGCAUCCUUUGCAUCAAAGAAACUCCCCCAACUUAGGAGGGAGUUCUCUGCUCAGUGCUGAGUCUUGUAUUAGUCACUGGGAUGGAUCUGGCCCAGCACCUCUGGUGUGAUGGACACACAGACAUGUGACAUGGUAAACUGUGCACUGCCUGCGUGUGGCGUGGAUCAAACGGGCUCUGCCGGGAGGAGUUUUACUUCUGCACUGUGUAGGUAACUUUGUAGUGAUCAGAGGGCAUUAGAACCCCAAGUUUUAGGUGAAACACCACGGGGUGGUGUCUACUUACAGAAUAUGCAACCUGUGACUUCUGUAACCGAAUGUAAGCACUCUUGAAAUACUCUGCUUUGCUGACGCGAUUGUCUUAAAAUAUAGCAAAUGAACCAAAAUAAGUAGAACUGGUCCAAUGGCUUAACUGUCUUUGAACCUUUCUUAAAUGCUUGCAGUGGCUGAGACUUAAUGAUGUUUCUUGCACUUAGAGCUGUAAUGCAGAGGAAUUAUUUUCUCUUCACUGAUUUUCAAUCUGUUAGAGAAAAUAUUUCCCUUUUUUGGUCCCUUUGUAGAGGGUCUGGAAGGACAGGACCUGUUCACUCCUCAGAGUGAACUCUUAGCACUCCAGACUAAGACCAAGGCUGGUGACAUAAGGGAAGGCUGUUCUGACGAAGUUUUUAAGCAAAAAAACUUGUUUAAUUGUGAAGCUACAUUUGUGUGCUCCUUGAAUCCAUCUGCAUUGCUGAAAGGGUUCUGGACAAACUGUUCUCUUUGCUUCUAAAACCCAGAGAUACUGAUGAUGUCAGUCAUGUGAGACUUACAAAUGUGAAGUUUGUAGCUUUAACUUUUUUGUAACAAAGAAAUUAGCGACACUGGCAUAAACUGCUGACUUGAAAUGCUAUUUUGUAAGAUCUGGCUGUUUGUAUAUAAUAGUGUUCGGUCUUUAGUUUGUAUAUGUAUGAAAUAGUAACUUUUAUUGCAUUCCUCUCAGUUUGAUACAGGAGAUUUUAUUUGAUCUUUCUCAAAUAUCUUGCCUUAUUUGUUCAAAGGGGCAAAUAAACUGUCCCUACCUGAAAGCAUCAGGUAGAGUCGUGA